CGGCGGGUUCCGUCAAAAUGGCGCCCUUCUUGCCGGCGCUGCUCGCGGGCCCUUAGCCUGUGGGGAACCCGGGAGCCCUCGGGGCGCGGGGCGGACGCGGGCGGCUGGGCCUCCGGAGCACACAGGGCUCGGGGCGGGGCGGGCGAGCGCCGGGGGCUCCGCGGGGCCCCCGCGGGCAGCCCCGGGCUAGGAUGGCGACCCCGGACCAGAAGUCGCCGAACGUCCUGCUGCAGAACCUGUGCUGCCGGAUCCUGGGCAGGAGUGAAGCCGAUGUGGCCCAGCAGUUCCAGUAUGCCGUGCGAGUUAUUGGCAGCAACUUCGCCCCAACUGUUGAAAGAGAUGAAUUUCUAGUAGCUGAAAAAAUCAAGAAAGAACUUACCCGACAGAGAAGAGAAGCAGAUGCUGCAUUAUUUUCAGAACUCCACAGGAAACUUCACUCACAGGGAGUUUUGAAAAAUAAAUGGUCAAUUCUCUACCUCUUGCUAAGCCUUAGUGAAGAUCCACGCAAGCAGCCUAACAAGGUUUCUAGCUACGCCACGUUGUUUGCUCAGGCGCUACCCCGAGAUGCUCACUCCACACCCUACUACUACGCCAGGCCUCAGACGCUGCCCCUGAACUACCAGGACCGCAGCGCCCCGCUGGCCCAGAGCUCUGGCAGCCUGGGGAGCAGCGGCGUGGGCAGCAGCAGCGCGUGCACCCUCGGCGGCCCGGCCCCGACGCCUCAGCCUCUCCUCCCGGGACAGUCUCACCCAGCUCCGGGCGCGGGAGAUUGUCUCCGACAGCAGCUGGGCUCACGUCUUGCGUGGACUUUAACUGCAAACCAGCCUCCUUCACAAACCGCUACCUCAAAGGGCGUCCCCAGCGCUGUGUCCCGCAGCGUGACAAGGCCACGGAGAGAGGGGGAUGCGGGUGGUGCUGUGGAAGUUGCCGAGGCAGCCCUAGUCAGAGAUAUUCUGUACGUCUUCCAGGGCAUAGACGGCAGAAAUGUCAAGAUGAGCAACGCUGACAACUGUUACAAAGUGGAGGGAAAGGCAAACCUAAAUAAAUCUUUGAGGGAUACGACGGUCAGACUUGCUGAGUUGGGAUGGUUACAUAAUAAAAUCAGAAAAUACACUGACCAGAGGAGCCUAGACCGUUCAUUUGGACUUGUAGGCCAGAGCUUUUGUGCUGCCUUGCACCAGGAACUCAAAGAAUACUACCGAUUACUCUCUGUUUUGCAUUCCCAGCUACAGUUAGAAGAUGAUCAGGGUGUGAAUUUGGGCCUUGAAAGUAGCUUAACGCUCCGGCGUCUUCUGGUUUGGACGUACGACCCCAAGAUAAGACUGAAGACCCUGGCGGCCCUGGUGGACCACUGCCAAGGAAGGAAGGGAGGUGAGCUGGCUUCAGCCGUCCACGCCUACACCAAGACGGGGGACCCCUCCAUGAGGUCCCUGGUGCAGCACAUCCUCAGCCUGGUGUCGCACCCCGUCCUGAGCUUCCUUUACCGGUGGAUCUACGAUGGGGAGCUCGAGGACACGUACCAUGAAUUUUUCGUAGCAUCAGACCCCACGGUGAAGACAGACCGGCUGUGGCACGACAAGUACACCCUGCGGAAGUCAAUGAUCCCGUCCUUCGUGACGAUGGACCAGUCCAGGAAGGUCCUUUUGAUAGGAAAAUCAAUAAAUUUCCUGCACCAGGUUUGUCAUGACCAGACGCCCACUACAAAGAUGAUAGCUGUGACCAAGUCUGCAGAGUCACCCCAGGAUGCUGCAGAUUUUUUCACAGAUUUGGAAAAUGCAUUUCAGGGGAAAAUUGACGCGGCUUAUUUUGAGACCAGCAAGUACCUACUGGAUGUUCUGAAUAAGAAGUACAGCCUGCUGGACCACAUGCAGGCCAUGCGGCGGUACUUGCUGCUCGGUCAAGGAGACUUUAUCAGGCACUUAAUGGAUUUGCUCAAACCAGAACUUGCCCGUCCGGCUACAACUUUGUACCAACACAACUUGACUGGGAUUCUUGAAACAGCUGUCAGAGCCACCAACGCCCAGUUUGACAGCCCUGAGGCCCUCAGAAGACUGGAUGUGAGGCUGCUGGAGGUCUCUCCAGGUGACACCGGCUGGGACGUCUUCAGCCUGGAUUACCACGUCGACGGGCCCAUCGCAACCGUGUUCACUCGAGAGUGUAUGAGCCACUACCUGAGAGUGUUUAACUUCCUCUGGAGGGCCAAGCGGAUGGAGUACAUCCUCACUGACAUCCGGAAGGGGCACAUGUGCAACGCCAAGCUCCUGAGAAAUAUGCCAGAAUUCUCUGGGGUGCUGCACCACUGUCACAUUCUGGCUUCCGAGAUGGUCCAUUUCAUCCAUCAGAUGCAGUAUUACAUUACAUUUGAGGUGCUUGAGUGCUCUUGGGAUGAACUGUGGAACAAAGUGCAGCAGGCCCAGGACCUGGACCACAUCAUCGCCGCGCAUGAGGCCUUCCUGGACACCGUCAUCUCCCGCUGUCUGCUGGACGCCGACUCCAGGGCACUUUUAAACCAGCUGAGGGCCGUGUUUGACCAAAUCAUCGAGCUUCAGAACACCCAAGAUGCCAUCUACAGAGCCGCCCUGGAAGAGCUACAGAGACGCCUGCGGUUUGAGGAGAGGAGGCAGCAGCGUGAAGCCGAGGGCCAGUGGGGGGUGACGGCCGCAGAAGAAGAGCAGGAGAACCAGAGGGUCCGGGAGUUCCAGGAGUCGAUACCGAGGCUGUGCUCCCAGCUGCGCCUACUGACGCAUUUCUACCAGGGCAUCGUGCAGCAGUUCCUGGUGUUGCUGACGACCAGCCCCGAUGAGAGCCUGCGCUUCCUGAGCUUCAGGCUGGAUUUCAACGAGCAUUACCGCGCCCGGGAGCCGCGGCUCCGCGUGUCCCUGGGCGCCAGGGGCCGGCGCAGCUCCCACACGUGAGGCCCCGGCCGCAGGGCGGCAGGUACCGCUGGAGGCGUCGUCAUGGAAACGCUCGCAUCGCCUCCUCGGGGACCGCCUGCUGCCCUCGAUCCUGGCAACCUCGACAGCCCGGCUUCGGGCGGCGGCAGAGUCGUGCUUUCCUACGUUGGAGUUGAAUAUAUUUGUAAUAUCACUACGUUAAAGAGGCUGGCUUGCACUAUUCAAAUUUAUUUUUUAAAGUCUUCAUAUUUAAAAGAUACCACACUUUGUUGAGGCUUUUAAGCUCUCCGUGAUGUAAUUCAUAUUUGUCACUUUUUGAAAAAAACCACAGUUUCUUUUAGAGAGAAUUAGGGUGAUGGAUAUUCAUCAGUUAGGAUGGUAACAUCGUUGCUAUUUUUUUGGCAUCCUCUUUAGAGGCAAUUUUUGUUAAUAUAAUCAAAUUAAAUUGAAACCAAAUGUCCCUACUAAAGAAAUAUAUAGAGUAUUUUAUUUUGGUUUUUAGUGUUGUAAAAUAUUAACCUCUGUAAGGACCUUUCUAUCAGUGCAUUUACACGUGUUCUUUUUUUCUCUUCCUUCAAAGUUUACAUUUUUAUAUUUAAUUUACUCUCAGAUAACUUGGAAAAUAGUGUAGAAAAAGAGCAGGAGUGAUUAGAACAAAACCUCCUUAAGCCUAGAUUCCUGGAACCAUCAGCUGAAUCAACAUGUAAAUAUGGAUGACUAAGAAAGGUAAUGAAGUAUUUUAUUUUCAAGAUUCUGGUAAGCAUUGGAAAGAAAUUGUCUUGAACAAUGAAGAUUUCCUUUUUCCUUGCCUAUUUUUUCAUUGUAAAUAUUUAUAUACUACUGCCCAGAUGCUGGGGGGACAUUUUUUGUAAAAAUGUCAUAUCGAGUCACAUAAAACUGCCUUUAUUAUGUUGCGUAAGUGAAAACUUAGAACAUUAAAAGCAAUUAUCUUUCA